AUGUCAAAUCCAGUCUGUAUAAGUAAUAGUACAAACGGAAGUAGUAAUAGUUUAAAUGGGGAAUCAGUAUCACCAAAUAGAUUGGGAUCAUCUCCAGGUUCGCCAAUUUCAAAAGCAUCAUCAUUUGAUUUAAAUGGUAAAAAACCUACCAAAAGUAAUGUUGUAAGAUUAUUAUUAAAUAGAACUAAUUCUGGAAGCAAUUUAUUAUCAAAAAGAAGAACUUCAGAGACAGGAGAUGAUGAUAGUAAUUCUAGUGUUGGUUUAUUGAAUAACAGUACUGGUAGUAUAGGUAAAAUGAAUACACCAGAAUCAUCACCCAAAUCAUCAUAUAUUCUAAGUAGUAGUAUUGGUAGUGGUGGUAGUGGUGGUGGAGGUGGUAGUAGUGGUAGUCUUCAAAAUUUAGAUAGUGCUAGUAAUAAUAGUAGUGGCCCAAGGAGUAGAAGUGGUAGUCUUGGUAAAAAUAAUAGUAGCCAACAAAAUAAUAAUAAUUUAAUAUUAGACCCAAAUUUUAAUAAUAUUGAUAAAUCAUUAUGGACUGUUAGAUCAUUAAAAGAACAUUCAAAUCUUGUUGAUAUUAUGGAAAGAAUUAAACCAGCAAGUAGAGCCAUUUCAUUUGGUCAAAUUUAUGCAAGUGAAGAAACUCAAUUUGAAUUUGAUCCAGUUAUUGGUCGUGAUAAUAUUUUACAAUUAAUUUUACAACAUUUACAAUUUGAAGGUUUAAUGGACUCUAGAAAAAUUUUAGAAGAGGAAGCUAAAAUUCAAUAUCCAGAAUAUACAUUCAAUGAAUCAAGAUUAGUCACCUUAUUACGUGCUGUCAUAAAAGAUUCUGAUAAAGUUUUCGAUCUAACUCUAAAUGAUAGAGAUAAAGAUUCUCAACAAAAAUUAGAAGAACAUUUAGCAUUCCUUGGUUUAUUCAAAGAUGAAUCUCAAACUAAUAUGGUUGAAGAUGUAAAUAUCUAUGAUGAACCUGAAAAUUCAAAUAUUAUAUAUGUAGAUGAAAAAGAUAAUGAUAAACCUUCAAAAGAUUCACCAACAACAGCAACAACAACAACGACAGCAACAACAAUUGCACCAAGUACAAGUAUUAAUAAUUUAUCAAGUUUAUCAGUUAGUAUAAGUUCAAAUAAUAUAAAUAAUAAUAAUAAUAAUAAUAAUAAUAUAAAUAAUUUAAAUAGUACACAAUUAAUUAGUAAUACACAACAACAACAAGCAACACCAAAUACACCACCACAAGGUUUAAAAUCAACACAAUCAAUUACAGGAUCAACUGGUACAUUAGGACCACAAGUUAAAGCAGCAUCAUUAAAUAAAUUAGUAAUUUUAUUAACACCAGAGAAUAAUCAUGAUUUAGAGUAUACAAAGACAUUUUUAUUAAUGUAUCAAUCAUUUACAACACCAGAGAUAUUAUUACAGAAAUUGAUUCAACGUUAUCAUGUACCACAAAAGGCAGGUCAAUCAGUUGCAGAAUGGAGACAACGUUCAACUCAUAUUCAACUUCGUGUACUAAAUGUAUUGAAAACUUGGAUCAAAGAUUAUUUCUCUGAUUUCUCUGAAAAGUUAAUACUUGCCAUUAAAUCAUUAUUGGAAUCAAUGAGACAAACUGGUAAUAUGUCUUAUGCAAAGGUGAUUUCCGAUGCCUUGAAUUCAGGUUUAAAGAAAAGUGGUCGUAAUAACACGGUUUUCACAGUUUCAGCACCCGAGCCUAAAGUACCUAAAAACAUUUGGUCUCACAAUUUAGACAUUUUCUCUGUGGAUGAAGAGGAGAUCUCUAGACAAUUGACCUUGAUGGACUUUGAAAUCUUUUCAAAUAUUAAAUCAACUGAACUUUUAAAUCAGUGUUGGAAUAAACCAAAACUACGUCACCGUUCUCCAAAUGUUUUAGAAUUAAUUGGUCGUUUCAAUGAAAUCUCUCAAUGGACUGCCACUUCGAUUCUCUCAUGGCCCAAGGUUAAAGACAGAGCUAGAAUCAUGGGUAAAUUCAUAAAGAUCGCUGAAUACUGUAUGAAGCAUUUAAAUAAUUUCAAUACUUCAAUGGCAAUUCUUUCCGGUUUAAACGCUUCCUCAGUGCACAGAUUAAAAUUCACAAAAGAGGAAUUACCAAGACACACUCAACAAGUUUACACAGAGUUACAAUUUCAUCUAAGUUCAGCCCAAGCUUACAAAGAGUAUCGUGCUUUAUUAGCCAAGGCUAAUCCACCAUGUUUACCUUAUCUUGGUGUUUAUUUAACAGAUUUAACAUUCUUUGAAGAAGGUAAUCCCGAUUUCAUUCAAGGUUUUAUCAAUUUCGGUAAAAGAAAGUUAAUCUAUGGUUCAAUCUCAAAUGUUCAAAGUUUUCAAAAUACAAAAUAUAAUUUACAACCUGUUUAUCAAAUUGCAAAAUUAUUAAAAGGUUUUAAACUUUUAGAAGAAAAUGAACUUUAUACAAGAUCAAUGUCUUUUGAACCAAGAAAUAAAGAAAGAAGUGAAAUUUUAUAA